CGACUAGGCUACGUAGCAGAAUUGCAAGCGCGAGGUGUGGAGCUAUUUAUGCACGUGACAACACGUGACGCAGAGUGACUCAGCAGAGCAAAGCCUCAGACAGAGUCAAGUCACGACGGGAGUCAAAGCGUCUAGUUAACUAUCGUAACUAGACAGACGUGAGAUGGCAGCGCAGCAAAAAUCGUCAGGUUUUAUGAACGUCCUUUUUCUAUCUCGUUGGCGAAGAAGCGCGGUAAGCGACAACAAACCGCCCACCUCGAGCAACCAAGAUCAUGACGAAGAAGUUCAGCGACUGCGUCCAAGAAACGCAAACGAGGAAAUGGCUUCGUCUAGAUCAUUUUCAAAUACUGUCAUGGUAGCUCAAAAAUGGAAGGCGAAAUCGAGACUAACGACACGCGAGCAGAUGGGACACUCAGUCGUUGAGCUAGUGGCGAUAGAACCGGCAGGAGCACAGCUGAUGCCUAUUCAUGAGUUGGCAAAGCAAGGCAGAGUUCACGAUGUAAGAGCCAUUCUCCGUCAAACUCCAAGUGCGAAGAACCAAAGAGACUCUCGACAGGCCACAGCAGUGCAUCACGCAGCCUCAGAAGGAUACUUAGAAGUUCUAGAACUCCUGAUUGACUACAAUUCAGAUAUCAACGCACGAGAUGAGCAUGCAGAAACAGCAUUGCACUGGGCGGUUACUUGUGAAAAGCCAGAAGCAAUUGAUUUUCUCCUGAACAGAGGUGCUGAUGCUAAUGUUCUCAGCUCUACGCUAGAAACUCCGUUGCACACUGCCAUCAGGCUACAAAAUGAAAGCACAGUAAAAACUUUACUAAAGCACUCUGAAGUCAAUGUCAACAAAGCGGGAGAGCACGGCCGAAAGCCACUUCAUCUCGCGGCAACAUUGGACAGCAUCAACAUUAUUGAGCAAUUGCUUGCCAGAGGGGCACUUCCGUGUAGUGCUGACGCUAAUGGAAUGCGUCCGCUUCAGCUUACAGCUCGCUGUGGAGGAAAAAGACACGUCAUGGAACAUCUACUUAGAAUAGCUCAAGAAGUGCUAGGAUACCCACGGGAACUGGUGGUUAAUUUCAAAGACGCUGAUGGCAUGACGGCUCUGCACCAUGCUGUUUCUGGUGGAAAUGUUGAGGUAGCCAAACUGUUGCUGGAAUGCGGAUGCAAGUUGUUGGAUGAAGAGUCAAGUUCUGAAUCAGCGUUUCACUUGGCCUGCUCUCAAGGAUCUUUAGAAAUGGCAAAAGUCAUAAUUGAAAAUUGCAGUCUUCCCAGCCAUGAUGUUCUUUCCUCUCAAGACCCAAGUGGACAAACGCCUCUGCACAAAGCUGCCAUAUUUAACCACACUGAGAUGGUGAAAUACCUCAUCGACUCGGGAGCCAACAUUAAUGCUGUGGACAAACAUGGUCGCACAGCUCUUCUCUUGGCAGCACAAGCAGGUGCAACAGAAUGUGUCCGGUUUCUGAUAAGCAAUGGAGCUGACGUUCAAGUACGUGACAUGGGAUUGAGAAACGUCCUCCAUGUUGCAAUACAAUUUGGACAUGAAGUAGCUGAAGUUGUACUUGAGAGAGUUACUGCAACAAGGGAACUUCUUGAUGAACACGAUGCUCAUGGAUUAACUCCUCUCCACUAUGCAUCUAAAAGAGGAAAACUCAAACCUGUACAAUUGAUGCUUGAACUUGGAGCAACUCCCAAUCCUAAAAAUAACCAACAUCAGUCACCACUUCAUUUUGCCGCAAAGUAUGGUAGAUACCAAACAGCCAAGAGAUUGCUUCAAGGACCUAGUGGCAAGCAAAUGAUCAAUGAGGAAGACAGAUUGGGAGAUACUCCUCUUCAUUAUGCAAGCAGGAAUGGAUUUCCAAGAGUUGUAGAACUGCUGUUAGGUCAAGGAGCCCUUGUUCUCAAGUCUCGUGAAGGGUAUAACCCCCUUCAAUCAGCAGCUUCAGGAGGAUAUUGUGAGUGCAUGGAUGCUAUCUUGGCAUCACAUCCCUACGUUAUCAACUGGACGAGCAAUGAAGGAGACACAGCUCUUCACAAAGCAGCUGCAGCUGGUCAUCCACAAGUUGUUGAAUACUUACUAACCAAUGGUGCUGACAUUGUUCACAACAGAUCAGGUGAAAGCUUCCUUGACAUUGCCAUUACAAACAAGAAUAGAGCUGUAGCUCUGACAGCUCUGCAGCAUGAUAGAUGGAUGGAAGUAAUGGACUUAGUAAACAGACAAAGUGGCUAUCCCAUGCUAAAACUCAUUGAAUUGAUGCCUGAUGUAGCUAAGGUUGUUAUGGAUAGAUCAGUAACUACAUCAACUCACCAUGUCCGAGACAAAGGAUUUUGGCGCAAUUUUAAUUUCAAGUACCUUCUUUGUGAAAAGACAGUCGACAAUGAGAGUGGCGAAAUUCAAGAGUCAGAUAAAGGCAUGGAGAAAUUGGAACUCCAGAAUCCUCACAAACCUGCUGAAGAUAUCGACGACAAAGAGAAUGAAACCAUUAUGUUAGCUGAUGAACAAGAAGUCGUGCCUUUGGCAGCACUUGACCAAAUGGUGAAAUGUGACCGUAAAGACCUGCUUCUGCACCCUCUUUGCAGUGCACUACUGAAGAGCCGAUGGAAUUCUUAUGGCAGUUUGGUUUUCAAAUUGAACACACUGCUUUACUUGAUUUAUGUCAUUUUUUUGACAUCCACUGUAACCACAAUGGUUUCACAAGGAAAUCCUCAAAACAUGACAGCAGGAAACCAAACAGACAGCAGCACCAAUAAGCUCUCUCCAUUUGGUUACUUCUGUCAGACAACAGUCAUAGUUUUAGCAUACCUUCAACUGUUCAAAGAAAUUGUUCAAAUGAUUCAACUGAGACUCCACUACUUUACUGAUUUUACAAACUACAUGGAAUGGACUCUUUACGUCACAAGCAUUCUCUACUGUGUGCCAAUAGGAGCAGUAAGCAUGGGAUCGUAUCGUGUAGAGAUGGGAGCUGUGGCUGUGUUUCUGGGAUGGAUCAACUUGUUGCUCUACAUUCAAAGGAUUGACAUCAUUGGUAUCUAUGUGGUAAUGUUCGUGGAAGUUUUGAAAACACUAGUUGUUGUGUUAAGUGUCUUCUUUGUCUUCAUUGUUGCAUUUGGUCUUGCAUUCUAUGCCCUACUCUAUCCUGCAGAUCCAUAUUUUGUCUAUGUGCCAAGAUCAUUCCUCAAGAUGGUAGAAUACAUGUUGGGAGAGAUGGAAUUCUCUUUCUUCUUUGACCUCCAAGAAAACAAAGGCCUCAAUCAUCCCAUUAUCACCUGGAUUUUUGUUGUUAUUGCUCUCAUAUUUUUGCCAAUCAUAUUCAUGAACUUGCUGAUUGGUCUAGCUGUUGGUGAUAUCGAAGGAGUGCGUCAAAAUGCCCAGUUAAAGCGUCUUGCAAUGCAGGUUUCGCUGCACAUGGAGGCAGAAAGCAAGCUUCCCAACGUGAUAAAAAAUCGUGUUUGCAAGCAAGAGAUGAAAGAGUAUCCUAAUCUCAUAUGCAACCAUUGGACAUCUUGGCUUGGUGAAAUAAGUCAAGUAGGCAAUUUAUUGAGUCCUGUUGACGGAUCAGACACCAGUCCAGAAACGGCUGACUUGAAAGAAAAACUGGAACGAACUGAAACAAAGCUCAAGGAUAUUUCAGGUCAACUUGAGAAGCAACAUGAACUGCUACGAGCCAUCAUGCAAAAAAUGGAGAUCAAGACAGAGGCAGAAGAGCAAGAUGAAGGAAUGCCAAUAAUGAUGCCAAGUAGUCUUCACACAUCUCACCUCUGAAGACUAGUUCAUUAUUAACUUAAGACACCACUUUCUAUUCUAGUUAGCUGUAAACUCCCGUCACUCCGUUUUAAAAUUGACACUCAGCAGUUCUGCAUGCAUUUUAGUAACAGCAUUACAGUCUUAAUCAUUUUUCAUGGUUAAAACACUCAUUUUAUGUUAUAAAUGAAAUCCUUGUGACUAUGUAGUGGUCAUGACUCUGUUUAGUAAUGUAACCAUAAUUUCAAUUGCCUGUU